UGCGCGCUACGAAACUUCGGUCUCCAGCGUGGUGCGGGGACUCCCUGCGGAGGCACGGUGGCGCACCCCUCCAUUCUCCAGCGUCACCGGGGACACUCGGUGCUGUCCCACGCCCGGCCGAGGGAGAACGACUUCGGGGCAGCUUGUGUAGCGCAGCGGCGGGGACCUCGCGCCCCGGCUUCCCAGUUCCCCGAAUGAAGAUAUUCAGAUGUUGUUUUAAAUACACUCUCCAGCAGAAACUCUUCGUCCUCCUCUUAACCCUAUGGCUGUUCUCCUUGUUAAAGCUUCUAAAUGUGGGCAGGCUGCUCUUCCCUAAAAGAGACAUUUACUUGGUUGAAUACUCCCUAAGUACCUCACCAUUUGUAAGGAACAGGUUUCCUGAGAUGGAGGACGCAGCCAGGGAUGAAGUUAACUGCUCAGGGGUCUACGAGCACGAGCCUUUGGAAAUCGGCAAAAGUCUGGAAAUCAGAAGACGGACCAUCAUCGACUUGGAGGACAGUGAUGUCGUGGCGAUGACAAGUGACUGUGACGUCUAUCAGACCCUAAGACAGUACCACGAGAAGCUCGUUUCCAGAGAGGAGGAGGACUUCCCUAUAGCCUACUCCCUGGUCGUCCACAAAGACGCCAUCAUGGUUGAGCGGUUAAUCCGUGCUAUUUACAACCAGCACAACCUUUACUGUAUCCAUUACGACCGGAAGUCACCAGACUCGUUCAAAGCCGCCAUGAACAACCUAGCUAACUGCUUCCCCAACAUCUUCAUUGCUUCCAAAUUAGAGGCUGUGGAGUAUGCCCACAUUUCCAGGCUCCAGGCUGACUGGAAUUGCUUAUCAGACCUUCUCAAGUCUUCCGUUCAGUGGAAGUAUGUCAUCAACCUAUGUGGGCAAGACUUUCCCCUAAAGUCAAAUUUUGAAUUAGUGUCAGAGCUGAAAAAACUCCAAGGAAGGAGUAUGUUAGAGACAGUGAGACCUCCCAGUGGUAAGAUGGAGAGGUUCACCUAUCACCAUGAGCUCAGACAGGUGCCUUAUGAAUAUAUGAAGCUGCCAGUAAAGACAAACAUCUCCAAGGGGGCACCCCCUCAUAACAUUGAGGUAUUCGUGGGCAGUGCCUAUUUUGUUUUAAGUCAAGCAUUUGUUAAAUAUAUUUUCAACAGCUCCCUCGUUGAAGACUUUUUUACCUGGUCUAAAGAUACGUACUCUCCUGAUGAGCACUUUUGGGCCACCUUAAUCCGGAUACCAGGAAUACCCGGAGGGAUUUCCAGGUCAUCCCAGGACGUGUCUGACCUGCAGAGUAAGACCCGCCUGGUCAAAUGGAAUUACUAUGAAGGCUUUUUCUACCCCAAUUGCACUGGCUCUCACCUUCGAAGUGUGUGUAUUUACGGAGCUGCAGAACUACGGUGGCUCAUAAAGGAAGGGCACUGGUUUGCGAAUAAGUUUGAUUCUAAAGUAGACCCUGUCUUGAUUAAAUGUCUGGCAGAAAAGCUUGAAGAACAACAGAGAAAGUUGAUUGCUUUGUCUUCAGAGAAGUUCAUUACAGAAGGAAACCCCAAAGCCACACAUCAUAAGAUGACUACGGGCCUGAGGGAAUCUGUUCCAAGGAGUUAAGUGAGAGAGAAUUAUGCACCCAUACUUUGCCCAAAAGCAUCUGAACUUAAUAGUUUCCAAGGUUGAAACUUCUACAGACUUCCAUGCCUGGACUUCUAGCCGCAGUUGGCUGGUGUUUAAGUGCUAAAUUCGCUUGUUGUCUUGCUGAGUCAGAGAUGUUAAAUGUUCAGUGAUAUCACAUUUAUUGAACACCUAACAGUGCACCUGGCACUUUAUCAGAAUACAUGAAGGAGUUAAAUCUAAGUUGCAAUGACUUGUGCCCUCGGGAGGCAGCAUUUACCCUCCUAACAUGGUAACUGUCAUGCUUCUUACUUCCAUGUAAGGAGGGUGCUACUGAAGGUGACUUCGGGGUGUGUACUAAUCAUACGAGCACUCCCUCUGAAAAGCAUGGGAGUCUGAAGCCAGCCCUCCCCUUUUCUCAGUUCAGCCACUGAGGCGGUUUUGAACCGUUAGAGUGUUAGGAGGAGAUUCCACUACCUCAGAGAAGCUCAAAGAACUGUCCGAUCGCCCGCUUGCCAAAGUAUAAUUUACCUUUCGGUGCCUCACUUCCCUGACUCAGGGCAGAGGGAGUGCUGGUGUUGUGGUGU